GCUGGCGGUAUCUGAAACGGCACUGCUGGGCGGCGGCCGGCAUCCCCUGCACCAACAGAUUGCAGCUCUAGCGCACGCGGUGGCUUCCCCGGAGAACGCCGCAAAGAUUUUGGUAGCGCGAGAAGCUCUGUUGGCAAAGAGCAACGAGCACGUGCUGCUCGACACGGCCGGAAUCAUCGGCUUCUUCGCGACCAUCACUGUGGUGGUCGACUUCACGGGCCACUACAGCGAUGACAUCCUCAAGAAGACAGAGAUGAUGGCGGCAGUUAUCUCCGGUGGCCGACGCUUCCGUGAGACUCUCCGGUCGAGCCUCUGCCUUCCCGGGGCCUCGAGGUUUUAG